AGCCGCGUCUCUGCUGCUAUGGUGAGAGAAGACACCCGUAUACACGUCAACGACCUGGUUGGGAAGUAACGACGAAAGCGGACUGACGCGGGGGAGAAUAUGAGUAAAGUGGACGCACCAUGUCGACCGGCUGCCUCUUUAAAAUUCACUAUUGACAACAUCCUCAACCUGAAAACCAGCGGGAGGAACUGGGGUCAGCCCUCCGUGGAGGAGCGCGAUGAGUCGGAGCUGCGUAAAGACGGUUUCCAAAGUCAGGCAGAGGCUCCGGAGAGGAGGCUGCACGGAAGCGAAUUCGUCACUGGCUGCACCCGGGCGACAGAAUCGGAGCUUAUUUCCCACGAAGAGCCGAUCCAGGCGGCAGAAAGCGGGGACAGCGACGACAGCAGCUCCGCCACAGCUGGAGCUCCGACCGGGUCACAAAAAGCGGGCCACUCAGCCAAGAAAAGCAAACUGAUCGCCAAAAAGAAAACGCGCACCAUUUUCUCCAAGAGACAGAUCUUCCAGUUGGAGUCUACCUUCGACAUGAAACGCUACCUGAGCAGCGCGGAGCGCGCCUGUCUGGCCAGUUCGCUGCAGCUCACCGAGACGCAGGUGAAAAUCUGGUUCCAGAACCGCAGGAAUAAAUUGAAACGGCAGAUUUCCAAUGAACUGGACGGGCCUGUGACUGAGUUCCCCGAGGUGGGGAAGCCCGUGGUGGUGGGCCAGCUGCCGGCCUUGUAUAAAGAGAACAACCUGCUGGGAAGAUGCCUGAUGCCGGUGCCGCUGCCGGUGGUUUACCCGGGGAGCAGUGCGCCUUAUCUCUGCUUCUCCAACGCCAGCAAGUACUUCAGCCUCUAUGAGAGAGACCUAUGAUGAUGGCGCUCUGUUGCCAAGAGCUCUUUCAAGUUUUAAGACAGCGACCCGCGAGGACGACAGAGGACUAGUUUCAUAUCACAUUUCAAAGCUUAUUUAUUUUUCAUUGUUUCUUAAAGGCCUUAUAACGGACCUGCCAUAAACACAGCACCGGACACUGUGGCCUACAACAACUCCAACAUUGUAUUCACCACCUUCCACUCAAGUAUUUUUAAUCAUAAUUUUUUUCAACAAUUAUUGUUUUUAACCGACAACAGCAUUUCCAGCAGCUUUAGCCACCAAAGAAAUUAUACUUGCAUGCAUCUCCUGUAUCAUAAAGACUUCUAUAUGUAUUUAAAUGAAUGUAAUUCACUUUAAUUUCGUUUGCAAGCAUGACUACUUUUAUUUCUUUUUUUUUUCGUUUUUUUUUUAUAAAGGUAUACUCUUAUUUUAUUCUAUGUUUGGCGCACAAUUUACUCCAUUAAACAUCUUCACUCGGCAAGAACUAUUUACUCGUUCCUCGGUCAGGGCUUCUGGUGUGUACACGGUGAUAGUUUCUGAAAGACGGUGGGCGUUCAUACACACAUCUUUAUCUCAGGGUUUCGUCUCAUGUCAUGAACUGAGGUUGAAACGCGAGAGGUUCUAUUGGACAAGGCCGUUUGUCUAAUGCCCUGAAAACGACAUAUUUUUAUGUUGAGUCUUGAUAGUGUCCAGGGUGAGACGCAGAAACCAAAUCAUCUAAUUGUAUUUAACUUUUUCUUUUUUUUUCACGUCUUUUUUUUGAAGAAAAUGUCAGUAAUUAGUUCUGUAAAAUGCACAUUUUCACACAUAUUUAUUUUUAUAUUAAAUAUGAUACUGAUCUUAGGUUCCUAAAAGUGUGCUUACAAAACAAGCGACGUAAAACAUUAAUAUGUUUAUGAAGAAAAUGACUAUUGCUCUUUUAUUCAGGGUAAAUCGUGAUUUUAUACAUACAGGACGUUUUAAAAUUGAAGAGAAAUGUAAAUUGAAACAAAUGCUAUAGCAUGUGUUCAGUUAUUUGAAGAUU